AUGAAAUUCUUUCACCUUGCUGGUAUUGCUUUGUGGGCGCCUUCCCUAACAAGCGCUUAUCUUUGUACUUGCGUCGGCAUUCCGGAGAGGCCUAUUAGUGCUGCUGCUGGACUCUGCAACGAUCUUAAGGGGAAGAUAUGUUACGAUAAGGCAUCAAACACGAAUGCGUGUAUCAUGACUCGGAAAUUCACCGACCAAGAAUGUGCUACACGAUAUUCCAAGCUCGUGAAUGGCAAAUUAGUUCCUGACACCAGUUUCAAAGCUUUUUGCCAGUUAGGGACGACUUGCUGA